UGUGUAUGUAUUGUGGAGGCAACUAACAUGUAAAUAGUUAAUCUAAUUGUGGCAAUAGACACGAAAUAUCACUCGUUGAAACAUAUCAAAAUAACUACAUAUUUUCACGCACCUUGCCACGUUUAGUCAAUUGGUUGGCGGUUAUCGCUGGAACAUUUUCUUUGAUGUAAACCAUUUUUUCUACGAGCUGAAAUUCAAAAAAUCUUGUAUAAUAAACCGAAUAUAUGCUGCUACCGCAUUCGUUAUUGCUGUAAAUACGCUAGAAAAAAGGUAGUUCUAUAAGCGAAGUUACAAGUUACUUUCUGAUUAGAGACAGUUAAUAAAAUAAUUUAUGUCAUUAUGACGUUGGUCGACAACCCGCUGCCUUCUAAUCUAGUGGAAAUCAAAUCCAAGUUCAACUCUGAAUUUCGAAGAGUGGCUAUCUACGCAAGUUUUCUGCCAACAUUCGAGAAGUUUGCCUUCUUCUUUCGCAAUUUACACCACCUCCCGGAUGACAAUUUAGGACAAGACGGAGGAGGGGGUGAUGGUGGGGGGUUGCAGCAGAAUUUGGAGUUGCAAGUAGACUUCUAUUACAAUGAUCCGGUGGACAAGGAGCUGCUUCCGAUCAAUAAUGACAUCAAUUAUUUGAGGGCCCUGCGAACUGCGAAGCCGCUGCUGCGCAUCUUCCUGCUUCCCCGAGGAGCCCCCAUCCAAUCUACUCUCAGUCUGAAAUCCACAAACGGGGGAGUCUACAGUGCAAAAGAGGUACGUCCUGUCAUCAGCAAACCGGCCGAAUUCAGACAAAUUGCAGCUAUCAUAGACGUCGACGUCAUCCCAGAAACACUUCGAAGAGUGAAGUUGUUGAAACACACACAAGACAAACCUCUGGGCUUUUUCAUAAGAGACGGAAUCAGCAUGCGUCAGACCAACUCGGGAUUGAAGAAGGUUCCUGGAAUCUUCAUUUCCAGGUUGGUGCCUGGGGGUCUGGCGGAAAUGACUGGACUGCUGUCUGUCAAUGACGAAGUGCUGGAAGUGAACGGCAUCGAUGUCUAUGGAAAAACUCUGGAUCAGGUGACAGACAUGAUGGUAGCCAACAGCAGUAACCUCAUCAUAACAGUGAAGCCGAUAAACCAGCGCAACAACAUCUCAGCCGCCGCUCAGGGUUCAAUCAGAGGCAGUGGCACCAGUUUCACCCAAUCACGAUUCUCACUCUCUCAGGGCGACGACGAAGAAGACGAAGUUGUUGACCUCCUGAAGUCCGCCUCACAAUUACACCUCAGCACCCAGACUCUCAGUGGCGGAACUCUAGACGGUCGAAGCUCGAAUGCAAGACACCAAUUCAAUUCCAACAACCCCAAAAAUUCUGACCACCUGUUCAUGAACAGUUCAAGUGUUACCCUGGACAGAAAAGCGCAGCACGCGAAGGGUUCUGGAGGAGGGCAGGUUUCAGCCCACAGAACACAGUCGUCAUUCACCAGUCAGCCUAAUUUGUACCAAUAGGGUCCAGUAAUGCCACCUUCAAAAGGAGCUAUUGUCGAAAAAUGCUUGCAAAUGGCACCGAUUAAAACCUGAAGUAGUCGGAGAUCAGAAGUCAAACCAAAUUUUGCCAGCUGUACCAUGUGUCUAUUUUUCUAUAUUUCACAAUUCGCCAAUUUCAUUUCACUAAAAAAUAGAUAAUAUUUAAUAUCGUAUUCAAUAAUUCUUUGAAUUUCA